UUCACUAUAAUUCACCGCAAAUUGCAACAUUUCAAAGACAACUUCGGUGGCAUUGUAAUCGGUUGCCUAAACGGCAUCACAGCGCCAAGUAGCCAAAGCGGCAUCGGUGUUGGUGUUGGUGUUGGUGUAGCUGUUGACUAUGAUGGCUGGCGAUCGUGCCUUAGUCGCAUCGAUAGCACCUUGCAACGGCUUGUUGCAUUUGCAUGUGCAACGUUGUUGCGCUUCACGCGCAGUUGCGCCGAUUUGCAUAGUUGGCGUUGUUUGGCUGCAAAUUGCAGACAGCUUUCGUGCAAUAUUUUGACAUGCUACAACACAAACUGCAGCAACUACAUGCAUCAUCACUAUUAUCGCGGCCUAGUUGCAUACCGCCAUGGCUGGGCCAAUUGGCUCCAUUUACGUGUGCGCAAUAAGUAAACCCGAGUACACCAGCUACACGACGCAUUAUCAUCCCGCAGCUAGUUGCAAUAACAACAGCAUAUGCAGCAGCGCCAACAACAGCAACAACCACACUCUUUGUCCACACCACCAACAACAACUGCAACACAACUGCAAUGGCAGCAAUAAUAAUCUCCCAGUUGCAGCUACAGAAGCAGCAUCUCAACAAAUACGACGUCACACCAUCAUAUCGACCACUCUGAGCAAUUACAACAAUCAACAGUUGGCAAUGGCACCGCGACGUGCUUCAAUCGCGUGGGAAAAGCCAACAGCGACAGCACCCACAACAGCCGCUACGCUGACCCAGACAUCAGCCGCUGGCACAGGAAAACACGCGCCAACCGCAAACAUUUACAAGCCCGUGAAAAUUACACUAAUCGGCGAACCAUUGAAGCAAUGGCAAUGGAAUGCUGUUGGCAAUGGCAAGACUGCUGCUACUCAAAGUAAUGGCAGCAACAAUACGGCAAUAAGCAAUGGCAGUGACAAAGUCAGUGUGAAGUGUGAAGCAGCGGGCGGUAGUAAUAUAAAUGGAAAAAAUUAG